AUGACGUCCAUUGUGCAUGUUGUGUACCAAUCUCGGAAGGACAUGAAAACAUCGAAGUUUGUGUCAGUAAAGUCAAGAUAAAUAGACUUGAUUAGCUUUGAGUGUUUGGUCUUGGAAAUCCCCCUUCAGAAGUCCAGGAGGUCCAGUGCGCCAUAUAAAGAUGGGAAGGUUGAGAAGGAUGUACACCUGUUUACCCAGCUUUGUUAGCUUGGUGUUUAUCACCCUUCCUGUUCUGAUGACUGCUAUGAAACUAAACAAUAAUGACAUCAGGACUGUAGAUGUGACAGAUUACGGUGGGGUCAAUUUUACAAGUGAAACAGAUGCUGGUCAGCAGCCAUCAUAUCGGCUCUUAAAUAAGAUCGAUGGUUCCAUCUACUUUGGGGGAAAUGAAUCCCUUAUUAGAGUGUUUCUUGACAGUGAAACUAAGAUGUUUAAGAGUAUAACGACGACGCUUGUGACAACAAAUGCAACACAAGAGCUCGUCCUGUCUUGCACAGUUCUCAACUCUAAAACCAAUGAAACUGUUUGUUGGAACUUCAUUCGCGUUGUCGAGAAGCUUAACCAGCCUGAUAAUGAACUGUUGGUGUGUGGUACCAAUGCAUUUCACAGAUUGUGCUACAGGUGUAACACUACUGACUUGUUAGAAAUCACCUGUACACCUGGAACUGUUCCCCAGUUGAACUUGGUACCCAAACUCCCCGAUAUCAGACCAUCUUCAGCAGUAUUUGGCCCAAGUCCAGGGGAUAUGGAUGAUGUAUUAUUUGCUGCACUUACUGGUGAUGAUUCAACCUUACAGAAAUACAGAGUACCCCUAGAAGGGGAUCCUGUAUUUGAGCUGGAUACAGUGACCGUUGGAGGCAGAUUUAUUCAAAAGGAUGUAGUGUUUGUGGGACGUCCAUUUGAGUACACUGACCGUACUACUGGAAAUACGUAUGUAUUUAGUUUCUACCGUGAGCCCGCCUUGGAGUAUGAAACUCAUGGCAAUAAAGUCUACUCUAGGUUGAGUAGAGUGUGUAAGAAUGAUACUGGGGACAGCAGUAAGUCGGAUAAACUUGCAACUUUCAUCAAAGCUCGAGUGAAUUGCUCUCUGCCAGACCUUCUUCUUCCAUUUUAUUACGAUCUCAUUCAGGAUGUGAUUUGGAAAGAAGAUACAGAGGAAGUAUAUGCAGUAUUUACUUCCCAAGAACUUGGACCAGCGGCAUCAGCACUUUGCCGUUAUAGAAUGGAAGACAUCAUGAAGUUGUUUAAUGAAGGAAAAUUUAAGGAUCAAGCGGGGCAAGUUCCGACUAAACUCUGGCUGCCUCUCGAUGCGGAUCCAGUUCCGAGACCUGGGACGUGUGAGAAUGUGCACUCCGUUAGUUACCCCCCGCUUCUUGAUAAACUGGUACCCAAUUAUAAUCCAAUUGAUCUAGCUGCUACUAGUACAGAUUUUCUACCUACAUCUGCACUACCUACCCUCUACAUUAAUGGGUUGAGGUUCACAUCUCUGACUGCAGAUUUUCAAGGUGACAAAUGUGUCUUCUUCUUUGGUACAACAACUGGAGUUAUUUUGAAAGCAUACAAAGAUGACUGUUCAAGUGCAACUGAGCCUUUUAAAGCAGUCAAGCUCAAAUUCAUGUCAGAGGCUGUCAAUGGAGUAGGUCUAUUGAACGAUAGUGAUACUAACGUCCUGGUUGUUGCAGGAGCCAAUGGGCUCCUGGAUUGGCCAAUUACUGACAAUUGUGGAUUAGCUGGAAUAGAAAGUGAAUGCAAUACUGUUUUUGGUCCGUAUGGUAACUGGAACGGUAGCUGGUGUGUAGAUCCCAGUGGAAAUCCUCGAGAUGGUUCUCCAAAGUCGGCUAUUGUACAGCCAGUUGAAAAGUCUGUUAAAGUAUGUGGGAUGGAUAAGAUAGUCCUGUACUGUGAAUUCGACUAUGGAGUAUUCAACACUGAACAGUUAAAUGUUAGUUGGACCAAAACUGACAAUGCUACCUUCAUUGAGAAUAGCAAACACUUAGUGAGAUUAACUAGGUAUUCAUCUUCAUUACUUGAGAUGGAAGUCACGGUUAUCAAAAAUGUUUCUGAUGGUAGUUACAGCUGUAGUAGCAAUCAUGGGACUUCAUCCACCUUCAAAGCGGUUGAGAUAGAACACGAAGAUUGUCUGACUGAGGACAACUUGGAAGAAAGAUGUGGUCUUCAUAAAACACUUGAAACUGAGAGUAAAAAAAUAAAUGAAGAGUUUAAAGAUGGAGAGAAUUGUUCGCUUGAUGUUAAGUCGUGUGACACAUGUCCUCAUGGAUCUACUACUCCAUAAAACUGAUAGCGUCAACUUGAAGAGUUCAUGCAUUGGAGGAGACGAUUCUAUGAAACGCUAGUUGGAUGAUUGUCCAAACUAUUAAAACCUGCACUGUCUCAGUUAAAUAUGUAAUAAAUAAUCGGGUUUACCCUUACACUGUGUGUAUUAAGCACUGAAUACUCAUUCCCCGAGUUUGUGAAAGAAAUCCACUGGGAAAUCACUUGGGUUGGAUUCGAACCCACAACCUUUGCAAUUCUUUAUCAGUGUCAUACAACUAGACCACCGAGAAUGCUUGGUAGCUGGAGGCAGUUUGAAUCCUAUGUGUUAGCCGCGGGUAUCACAUCGAUUUUAUAGAUGUUGUUUUUGCAUCGGGGAUAAAUAAUAAAAUAUGUUUUUACUCGUCGUUGUGUUGUUAUUUCAAGACACAAACAAACUAUUCUUUGAGACUAUUAAAAGAUUGUGAGGCUAUUAGCACAUAAAAUAAUAAAUACUAAAAAAAAAAAAGGUAUGCAAAUUAAUUGA